AAAAAUGGAUAAAUUUAUUCCUUGUUUGAGUUCAGAUCCUGAAGACUCUAUAGUAUCAGUUCCUUUUAAACCAGGUGUUCUCUGUGUUUUGAGAUUCAUGCAAAUUCUGUUUUCUGUAAUAAUUAUUGGCACAGUGGGAUUCUACUUUUCAUAUUAUCAGGGAUCUUACAGGUACACACUUUUCCACAGUGAAUGUUUUAUGCUAGUUGCUGCAGUUGUUGCAUUUCUAAACACAAUUGUAAAUAUUUUAAGUUCUGUGACCGCGCAAAUGUUUGCCAGUUCUACAGUUAGUCGUCUUCACAGUCAUAUCGUAUCAUCCUCUGUAUCAUGUGUUCUCCAACUGUUAUCCGGGAUAGUUUUUCUAAUACAGGUGUCUGUAGCUGGAAGGUACCUGGUCGAUCAGUAUGAAGCUAAGCUGUUCUGUGGUUCCUUGGCUCUCAUUAACUUCCUUAUAUAUGGCGGGGAGGUCGUCAUUGUUGUUAAAGAUAUUCAAGCAGAAAUGGGAAAUUAAACAAAUAAAACCAAAUAUGUACAAAUAGAAAA